AUGGAUACCAUACAGCACCGAGACCCCAUUUCGACCGGGUACGAGUAUCCCGUCAAGCAGCGAAAAGUCCGCAAAGGAACACGGAGCUGCUGGGAGUGCAAGCGCCGAAAAGUGAAAUGCUCGUUUUCUGCGGUCAACGAUAACUCCACAGUCUGUGUUGCCUGUCGGAGACGUCGCACGCCCUGUGUCGGCCAGGAGUUUUUGGAGGAUUAUGCUCCUCCUUCGUCUUCUGAGAUAGCGCCGAAUCAUGACUCUACAGCGAAUACUAUUUCUGAGCCUAACGCUCUGCUAACUCCGGAAUCAUCCCGGGGCUCAACCCAUGAUGACCAUCACGCGCUCUACAGGGCUCACAAGCUUACCGAGCUCUCCAAAACACUUCGUGCUGCCUUUCCAGCGCAACAUGAUAUCGAUACUAUAUGCAAAACCACUUCAGGCUGCUUUUUGGUUGUUUUGCAACUACAUACACGACCACGGGAAGAACUAGACCAUAAUGAAGAGAUAUUAAAGAGACAGGUCGCCGACAUUCCACCAGCCAGCUCUCAUCCAAUCAUUCUGGCGAGACACAUACUUCUGCUGGCUAAUUUACUACAGGACAUACAUGCUGAUGAAAGAAACAUUGAGAUGUCUGAGCCACCCCAGAAAAUCAUAGAACGAUUACUAGAUACAGUCACCACUUUGGUCAUGACUAAGGAAAGUCUAGUUGCAACGGUUGAUGGACUUCAAUGUGUCCUUCUUGAAGGAUGCUUUCACGCCAAUGGUGGCAAUCUUCGAAGCGCAUGGCUUGCCUUUCGCAGAGCAUUGAGUCUUGGGCAGUUGCUCGGUCUCGAUCGCCCGCAAAUUCCACCACUGCCACUUAUUGACUCCAAGAGGAAGGUAGAUUUACAUCAACUCUGGUUCCGUGUACUCUACUUUGACACCUUCUACUCAAUGAUGCUGGGGCUCCCUCAAAGCAAUAUAGACACGCCGACAGCAUUACACAAAAGCUUCGCCAACAAUAAAUCAAUCGACCAACUCGAGCGAUUCCAGGUGCAGGUCGCAUCUCAAAUCAUCGAGCGCGACAAGCGGCAUGCAUUCGCCGAGGAGUAUGAAACCACUCGAGAGAUUGACAGGCAGUUACUCCAGGUAGCCCGCGAUAUGCCGAAUAGAUUCUGGCUUCCAUCCCCACCGAAUGCCAGUUCGGGUGAAAAGGGAGAGGUUGUUGCCGGCUUCCAAGAUACAACCAUUCUGAUGGACAUUUUAAUUUAUUAUAACCUACUCAACCAACUUCAUCUACCCUAUCUGCUGUGGUCGGACUUUGGCGAUACGAACUAUGAAUACUCGAAGAUCGCCUGCAUUCAAGCCAGUCGAGAGGUCCUGACGCGGUUUAUCAUUCUCUUAAGCUCCAACAACUUAUCCUUUUUCUGUCAACGGAUUGAUUAUUUCGUCUUGAUGGCCUCGAUGACUUUGCUACUUGUCUACCUUGGCAACCAUCGCAGUCCUCAAGAUACGACAAAGAUGUCAAGUGCAAUUCCGCAUUUACUCACACCGCAUCAACGUCUCAGUGAUCGUUCCACGAUGAAACAGGUCCUUCGUCUCAUCGAGCGGGCCUCGGCAAAGGGUUUCGAGGAAUCUCAGCGAAAGGGCAUCAAUCUACUGCGCUGUUUGCUUAGCAUUGAGGCCGAUGCGGCAUCUGGGCAGAAUUAUAUCAUUACAACCGGCCUCAGCCACUAUCAACAGGAGUCUGAAUACUUCGAUACUCAUAGCAGCGACUUCGAGGACUCGGUGUGUAUAAACAUUCCUUAUCUAGGCAUGAUCAAAAUAACACGACAAAUCCCAGCUGUCCCAGAGAUCAUGAACACAUUACAGCCAAAUGCAGUGCAUGGAGGAAACAUGUACCAAUCGUCAGCGACUAGUCAGGUACCAGAGCAAUGUCCGUACAUUUCGAUGGUGUUUCAAGAUCUGGAUGAUGACUUGGCAGCAACAGACAAUAUUCCGCUAUCGUUUCAGGAUAUUGAUCUGGACUUUUUUGAUAGCUUGGUACGGGGGAGGGAUAAUGAGUUUGGUCUUGAGGAGUUUGAUAGUGUUGUAUGA